AUCGUCACCCUUCCCCUUCUUCUUCAGUAUGUAAGAACGCUCAACUAAAUCCAUUUCUCUGCCAUUUCCAUAGCCAGCCAUUGACGAUCUCGAGCUCAAGCUAAUGGCUUUCGAAGGCGAUUCAACACCCUCUUUCGACAGCGUGAAAGAUGCAAUCAAGGACAAACAAGCUCAAGGAUUCAACCCGGGGUUGAUUGUGUUACUUGUUGUUGGUGGGUUAUUAUUGAUGUUCUUAAUAGGUAACUAUGCAUUGUAUGUCUAUGCUCAGAAGACACUUCCACCCAGGAAGAAGAAACCAGUUUCCAAGAAGAAGAUGAAGAAGGAAAGACUCAGACAGGGUGUUUCAGCACCAGGAGAAUAGAAUGAUGAUGAAUGGAUGGAUGGAUGGAUGGAUGGAUGGAUGAAUUAGGUAAAGUUGCAGAAAACAGGGGAUGAUGAUGAUGAUUCUUCCAUGUAUGUUUGUCUGUCUUCUGUCUUCUUCCUUCUUCAUUCUUCCUAGAGUCUUUUGUAAUAACUUUUUUUUUUACAGUUUGUCAGCUUUAGUUUCUUAUUGAACUUGAACUAGGCUUUCUUCUAAUAGGAAUGCAUACUCAUUUUGGGAUUUGGCUAUUCUGUGAAGUGAGGAUAUUUGUUUUCUUUGUGA